CGCGCUCUAUGAUGUCAUCCUGUUGGAUUAAAGCGAUAGGGCUGGAUCACUUGGUCGAGGAGAGGAUUGGACCCUCAUCAUCUUCGGUCCAAAACUGAAUCAAAGUUUGUAUAUGUGCCAUACACACUUUUCUCGCUUUUAGGCGUGUCCAAAACUACUUUAUUUUUAUUUUUUGCACAUGGAUAUCACUUUGGCGUUGACGGACACGGAGGGGAUUUCUCAUCACAGAAUGCAGCUAAGCAUGAACACACACACGGACUGGAGAAAUCAGGAGUAGCCUAAGAGUGCAGCGCGAUGCCUCCGCACGGUGUUGGGGAGUAUAAACCCGUGUCAGGCUCGUCAGUGCCACCGGUACCACCGCGCAGAUUCCGUAGUAAAGAUGUGACCAAACGGAGCCGCUGGGGUUCGGCGCCGGAGCGCAGGGUGAAGUGCGUGCUGGUUGGAGACGGAGCGGUUGGUAAAACAAGUCUGAUCAUCAGUUACACCACCAACGGCUACCCCACGGAGUAUGUCCCUACAGCUUUUGAUAACUUUUCAGCGGUGGUUGCUGUUGAUGGCAAGCCCAUGAAACUCCAGCUGUGUGACACGGCAGGCCAGGAUGAGUUUGAUAAACUGCGCCCUCUGUGCUACACCAACGCUGACGUCUUCCUGUUGUGCUUCAGCGUUGUCACACCAUCUUCGUUCCAGAACGUCAGGGAGAAGUGGGUUCCUGAGAUUCGACGACACUGUCCACGCACUCCCAUCCUGUUAGUUGGCACCCAGGCAGACCUCCGGCAGGACGUCAACAUUCUCAUACAGCUGGCAAAGUACAAAGAGCGGCCAGUGGAACCACAAGAAGCCUGCAUGUGUGCUGAGGAGGUGAGGGCUGUGUCUUAUAUGGAGUGUUCAGCUCUUACCCAGAAGAACCUGAAGGAAGUGUUUGAUGCAGCGAUACUAGCCAGCAUUCAGAAUACAGACAGUCACCAGCAGAGGUUAAUGAAACGCACACCCGAUAAGAUGAGGACACUCUCUGAGUCAUGGUGGAGGAAAUACUGCUGUCUUGCAUAGAUGGAAAAGAGGGAUAUUCACUCUGAACUUUUAAGUAUGGACUAAAAGACAAAACUGUGGCUUUAGGGGUUGCUGGAGUAAUUUAUAAAUACAAAUUAAAAUUAUAUUGAAUUGCGAUAGGACAUUAUGGAGAAGUGUAUGAGUGAAACAGUAAAUCAUUCUACAAAGAUUAACUGUACUUAUCCAUCUUUUACAGUGGAAAAUGCAAAGUUGACCCUUGAAAUAAGUGGCCUGUGCCUAGUUUUUGCUAUGUUUUGAAUAACAAACAUCAAGAAGAAGCAAUAUACCAUUGAAUUAAAAGCAUCAUUGUAGGUGCGGUUAAAUCGUCAUUGGUGUUUUAUUAUGCAGCAGAUCACUAGACAACAUUAAAUACAAUGUUCCCUAAAUUUCUAUUUUUGAAAUGCAGACUACUCGACCUACACUGUGAAAUAAAAAAACCCUACUUGGGUGGUCCCAGAUAGAGGACAGAAGUCCACCAAUAUUUCUCUUUUGUCCUUCUUUUACCACAUAAGUUCCUAAAUCCUUUUUAUACCUGGACGAACAGCUGUCCUCCAGCUGGAAUAUUGGAAUACGAUUUCUUGUUGGCACGCUGCCAAAGUGUGUUCCAGUCAAAGAUUGCUAAUGUGUUAAUCCCCUGUCUGUCAAAACAAAAUAGAUAUUCUGGUGCACUAUCAGUAGUUCGAUAUCAGUUUGUUUUCAGUGAUCUGUAAGGUUGAAGGACAGCCCAUUUCAAAAACAGCUGAACAAAAAAAGUCUUGUUUACUUUAUGACUUAAUCCAGAGCUUCCUUUUAAAACUUACCAUGAGGUCAUGGUCAGUGAGUGAGUAUUAAAGGCCAUUCAAAAUUUGUGGAUAUACUGCAUUUCACUCCUGCCAGGAGUGUUCGAAUUAGAAAAAAACAAUGUUUGCUUUGUUUUUUUUCACUAGACAUUGCCUGUUUAUCUGCUAAGGUGCAGAAUGAGGGAUAAUGUUUAAUAGAGAGUUUCCCAUGAAAUUACAGAUCAAUACAUCACAGAAUUUUCAGAAGGCCUUCUUAAUGCUAAUAAAUUUGAAUGUAUACAUCUUUAAACAAAUCUGUAUACUUAUAUGUAGUGUGUUUUAUUUACAAAGUCUGUAUUUUUAUUUUUAUGUAUGUUCAAUGUGUUUUAUGUUUAUUAAAAGAAAUGAUCAGUUCUUUAUAAAUUCCAUACAGUAAUCUAGUAAUUAAGCAUGAAAUCAUAAAAAUUGGAUAUUAAAAUGUACAAAGUAGCCUGAAAUGAUAUAAUAUGCAUUCAGAAAAAUGUGAUAAAGUAUGUAGAGAAAUGUCCUAAAUGGUUUCUGCAUAGCUCAGGUAAAGCUGUAUUAUAACAAGUGGCCCUAUCAGAUUAUAUUAUUUACCUGCUAUUACACUUAAACAAAUGUUACAUCACAGAAGAACAUAUGGUAUGUUUAAUUAAUUAUAUUUAAAAAAGAUUUUUACAAAUAAAUCAAAUAUAAAUUGACAAUAACAUUGGCAAUUACAGUUAUUAAAAAUAACAAUGCCAUAGUUGAUUAUGAACAUCAAUAUAACUUUUUGCCUUGUCUCCUCUUGAGACAUCUCAAUCUAAAGUCAUGAUAAACAUUACAGUCAUGAAGCACUAGCAUCAUUUAUUGUUCAGCAUUUACCCAGUUGUUGUAAAUUCUAGAGCUUUCUGGGGUAAAUAAUUUAUCAGGUACACCCUCGUAGGAUGAACUGGAAAAAUCACCUGCUGAAACGGGACAUGAGCAAGUGAAAAUGUAGUGGCACUGAAUAGAGAGGUUAAAGUUUCACAAGAUAAGCAUUGGUAGACACCAGAGUAUCAGUAACCCUGCCCUUCACAAAAUGCUUCUAUCAGCAAUGAACCGAAACUGAUGUCUCUAGAGGUUGGAUUUAUAUAGCAAAAAAAAAGCUCCUCAUGUCUACCAUCCAAAAGAAUGUAAGUGAAAGUGGAGAGAUGAAGUUAUUGCCUUUAUGAAUAUGAAAAACUGAAUACUGUAUCUGUUUCUGUGAGUAAGAAGCCACAAUGAACACGUAAAACUGGAAAUAAAGGUGCUGUUAAAAGUG